GAGGUUAUGCGCCAUAUUGCCAGUCUCCUCCAUCUCACCAAACACCGAGCAUGCACCGGUUAUAGAGGAGAUAUAUUUAAAUAUUUACAGUGAGCUGCGAGCCGAAACGCAACACCAUGGAGGCCGUCAAAGCCUUUAACAACGAGCUGUACACAUUGACUGAGUACAAGCCACCCAUCUCCAAGGCCAAGAUGACUCAGAUCACCAAGUCAGGAAUCAAGGCCAUAAAAUUCUACAAGCAUGUUGUCCAGAGUGUAGAGAAGUUCAUUCAGAAGUGCAAGCCAGAAUACAAAGUCCCUGGGCUGUAUGUCAUCGACUCCAUAGUCAGACAAUCCCGCCACCAGUUUGGGACAGAGAAGGAUGUUUUUGCUCCGCGGUUCAGCAAGAACAUCAUCACAACGUUCCAACACCUUUAUCGCUGCCCUCCAGAUGAUAAGAGUAAAAUAGUGCGAGUCCUGAAUCUGUGGCAGAAGAAUGCCGUCUUCAAGAGCGACAUCAUCCAGCCUCUGUUGGACAUGGCUGCAGGGAUUCCCCCUCCCAGUACGACGCCUAUCCUGCCCAGCAGCGCUGUGCCGAUCAAUAACACUACACCUGGCACCCCAGCUACGCCUGCCACUCCAGCAAAUAUAGUCCAAGGUCUGCCAGACUGGGCCUCCCAGAUCACAAACACAGAUACUGUUGCUGCUGUUGCACAAAUCCUGCAGAGUCCCCAGGGACAACAGCUUCAGCAACUGGUCCAGAGUCUGCAGAUGCAGCAGCAGAAGCCCCAGCCUUCCCUGCUGCAGGCCUUGGAUGCUGGCCUGGUGGUCCAAUUACAAGCUCUGACAGCUCAGCUCACUGCUGCCGCUACAGCCAACAGCCUCAACCCCCUGGAGCAAAGGGUCUCCUCUUUUAAUAAGAAACUGUUGGGUCCUUUUGACUUUGGAAACGAUUCAGAACGCAGUGAGGAAUCUAAAAAGGACUCCUCAUCUUCUCAGCUGCCCAUGGUGUCUGAGCCUAUCAACAGCUCACUCUUUCAUCAACUGGCUGAGCAACUCCAACAACAAAACCUGGAGCAGUUUCAGAAGCAGCUGCUAGAGCACCAGCAGAAGGCCAUGAACAUGGAAGGGCAGGAUUCCAUCUUUGGGCAGGAAAACUCGGUGGCAACUGCUCAGAGCAGCGCUCAGCCUCAGCUUCCUGAGCCAGAGAAUAAAAUGGACGACUCCAUAGACAACCAACAGCAGGACAUGGAUCUAGAUGAGGGCCCCGAGGGAAUGGAGGAGGAGAUCUUUGAAGCAGAGGAGAAGAAGACCUUAAGCACACGUUCUCGGACACGUUCAAGGUCACGCUCUAGAUCUCCUAAACGUAGAAGAUCCAGGUCCCGCUCUGGUUCACGGAAACGUAAACAUCGCAAGCGAUCGCGCUCCCGCUCCAGAGAUCGCAAGAGGAAGUCGUCACGUUCUUACUCCAGUGAAAGACGAGCACGGGAACGAGAGAAGGAACGGCAGAAGAAAGGAUUACCGCCCAUACGAUCCAAGACUCUUAGUGUGUGCAGCACUACACUGUGGGUGGGCCAGGUGGAUAAAAAGGCCACUCAGCAAGACCUCACCAAUCUGUUCGAAGAGUUUGGACAGAUUGAGUCCAUCAACAUGAUCCCUCCCAGAGGCUGCGCCUACAUCUGUAUGGUUCACAGACAGGAUGCGUACCGCGCCCUUCAGAAGCUCAGCACUGGCUCCUUUAAAAUUGGCUCCAAGAUCAUCAAGAUUGCUUGGGCUCUGAACAAAGGUGUAAAGCAAGAGUACAAGCAGUUUUGGGAUGCAGACCUGGGUGUCACCUACAUACCAUGGGAGAAGGUCAAAUUGGAUGACCUGGACGGCUUUGCUGAAGGGGGGAUUAUUGAUCAAGAAACUGUCAACGAUGAGUGGGAAACAACCAAGACUUCUGAACCAGCCAAGGAAAUUGCAAGCCAGGCUGUUAGCACUGAGGCCACAGUGGUAUCUAAUACCCAAACCGAAACCUACAACCAGCAGGUCACUAUGAUGCCUGUGCAGCUGCCAGUGGCCCAAGCAGUUCCUGGUGCCAUGGGUUUGGUGCCUCCUACGUUUCCUGUCACAAUGGGCAUACCUCCACCAGGCUACGGACCGCCACCACCAUUUUUAAGACCAGGCUUCAAUGCCUCUCAGCCUCCACCAGGGUUCAUGCAGGCACCACAUACAGCAGGAUUAGCCUCUGUUACCACAUCUCUAGUGCAACCGUCAGUGGCCUCCAACCAAGAUGCUGCGAUGCCUCCAACUAGCACCAUUCCUGGCAGCUUCUUGCCAUCGGCCAUCCCAGGAGCCGGUGUUUUUAACCCUGUGGGAGUCCAAACUCAGCAGGCCAACAACGAUAAAAUUCCACCGUCUGCAGAGGGCAUGGAUGCUGCUGCAGAGCUCACACUACAAGGCAUGCAGAAUGCAGUCCGCAGUGGAAUGGGUCUCCUUGGAAUGCACCCCUCAGCUUCACUACCCCAUCCACUACACCAGACGGGUCUGAGUGCUCCACGAAUGCCCGGCUUGUUGCCGCUAGACGUACGACCCAACCUCCUUCAACCUGGGGCAGCUGCCCGCUUCCCCCUCCUCAUGCAACAGGGACCCCCUCAACAAGCAGCCGGCCUCCUUGACAAUUCCCUUCAUGCCCGUCCCAGGGCGCCUUUCCCUCAGAUGGACCCAUUCAGCAGAGCCCCCAACCUCUCUAACGAAAAUGUCUCUAAAACAGAAGAGGAGUCCUCUGGAGCAGAUGAGGGCAAAGAUCAAGACUACCGCUUCCCUCCAAUGGAAAAACCCAGCACAGGCCUCCUGCCGACCCCUCCGCCAGAGCAUAGGGAGCCUCUUGGAGGUGGCAGCGGGGUUCCAGGAGGAGGGAGACCUCCGUUGCUUCAGACCCCUGGAACUCAGCCACCAAGGUCCAGCUUAGUGGGGCGUCUGCAGGCUCUGGCAGGAUUCACUCCUGAUAGCCGCUGGAACCAAGGUAAAGGGGACUUUGAUGAGCGAGACGGCAUGCGAGGAGGACCGCAGCCCCCAGGUGGUCCAAAAGGUUUUCAGGAUGAGCGGCCUCCACCCGGUCCAAACUUCCCCAACCGCUUUGAUAACCGACCUGGCGUUACAGGGGGACCAACAGGUGUAAAUGCUGGGCCUGUCGGGGGGCCACAGCCCUGGAACAGAGGAGGUGGACCCACACCUCCCUUCAACAGCGAACAUCAUAAAGAUCUAGAUGAUCGAAGACGUCCGUGGGAGAGGCAAAGAGACCGAGAUGAACGAGAUUUUGACUUCAGGAGAGACGUGAACGGUAACCGGCACCACCGCGAGAGAGAACGGGAACGGGAGCGCGACAGGGACCGUGACAGGGACCGAGGCCGAGACCGCCCAAGGGAGUCUGACCGGGACAGAGACCAUGAGAAGGAGAAAGAGCGUGGAGGCUGGACGCCUAUCCUCCCACUACCUACGCCGCUUCUUCCCACUCCUCCCAUUAAUCCCAACAUGGCGCUUAAUCAAGGGAAACUCAUUGCUCCUCUUAAGUUAAACCCCCAGGUCCCAUCAGUUUUCCAGUCUCAUGGUCAGGCCAAACCUCCUCUCCUGAGUCAGCCGCCCCCUCAGCUUCAGAUUAGGUCUCCACCCCCAUUACUGAACCCCCCACCUAUUUCUGAGACGAAGGAGGAAGCCCAAGUUCCUGCUGCAACACCUGAGGCGAAGUCCCCCCCCUCUGCUGGAUCACCCCACUGCUCUUCUGACUGCCAGACCCUGAGCACAUCAACCGAACCCCCCACUCAGUCUGAGCCAUCCCAUCCAGACACCUCUCCACAAAUGAAAUCACCACCUCAGCCCGUUGCCGAAGCAACCCCAGAGACCACCGCCUCCCCAGACUGCGAGAGGCCACGCCAUGACUCACCUCUGGGCUUCUCUCACGCCAACAACCCCCAGCAAGAUGGCCGUCACACUGCAGAGAAGCAGGAAGAGCCACAGGAGGAUGAGAAAGGGGCGCUAGAGAGAGCCCCCACUCCUGAACCCCAGUGGCUUAACGGACCGGGUCAGCACAGUGUCAGCAUGGCCGAGCUCACACCAGAGUCCUCCCCUGAGCCUGAGUCCACUCCGAGCCCCGCCUGUCAUUCUUUGCAGCUUCAAAGCGAACCGGAGCUGCGGCAGGAGAAAAUGUCGUCUCCUAAGGACCUAAACAAUGAACAGAGUGAGCCCCAGGAGGACGCUCCCAGUCAGCCAGUGGUAGACACUGUCACAGACACUGAGGGGACAUAAUCAUCACUCAGUAGGUAAAAGAUCAUUUUGUAAAGUUGUCUCUUCUUCUCUGUACUCAUGUCAGCAAACUACUACCACAGCACGGGACAUGACGAAUAUUGACUCACACCAGUUGUUGUCUGAUAAGCAACGACAAAAGAUUUUAUCCCUGACAAAUACCGGUGUACUUAAUAUAGACGGCUUAUCAGGUGAUUUAUUGAUAGUUUUUGUUUGUAUUUUAUUUCCUUAUUCCUUUUUUUUUUUUUUUUUUUUUCAGUUGUAAAACCACACCACCCUUUUUAGCUAAUAUAAGCUUGGUAAGUUUUAUUCAAUUGCCUGCCAAAAUGUUUCACUUGUAUAUUGGGAAAUUUAGCUAUGACCUUCCUAUGGAAGACAGUGGGAAAUUCUGGUUGUUCAACAAUGAAUUGACUGCAGAAUAUGAGAUACUUGAAAACAGCAGCUGCUCGCCCAAUCUGUCUCCUCCACUGUUAAACGGAUGCUGCAAAGUUUUAAAACAAAUGCUUUUAUGUUGUUUUAUGAAGAUUACUGUGUCUUAGCAGAAGAAAUUACCUACUUAAACUCGAAGCGCUUUUAUUUGAGGAAAAUAAUGAUUUUUACUUUGAAUUUUUAAAAAAAAUCUGUUUUACUUCCUAAAUUUGAGAACGGUCUGUAAUUUGUUUCAAAUAAUUCAUUGACAUCGGAUAAAUCACGCAUUAGUGUGGAGAAAAAAGCAAAUAAACAGAGCGAUAUUCUGAUGUGGGGCUGCAUAUUGUUCUAGUUUGAAAUAAACCUGCUCUUUCUGUCUAAAACACAUGCUUUAGCACUGUUUUCUGACCCAGGUCCAGUGGAAAAAUAAGACUGCUCUGCUUUUCAGACUCAUGCACUCUGUAUGGUGUGACUUCAGUCGAUUUGAUGAUCUCAAGUUGCUGCUAUACCAUCCAUCCACAAUACACUUUGUUGGAUGCAACCGUGGAACUUUUUAGAUUUUAGUUUCUGAUUCUCUCAGCCUGUAUGUUUACCUAUGCUUUCGCUGGGUGACUGUUGAUGAUGGCUUUGUGCCUUUUUGAAUGGAUUUGUCGUUCACAAUGCUACCCAACGCCUCUGUGUGACGUACACCAGACUGUGGGUGCAACUCGGUUUCAGAGGGCUCUCUGAAAAGAACGCCACCAGCACAGAACUGACUUAACCUGUCGAUUGAAUGGUAGCUGCACAGCUUGUACAGCACUCACCUGUGCAUGCAGGCCUCCUGUAGCCAUGUUUUUAACCCUCUUUUCUCUCCUCAUUUCAUACUUGUAGUGGUUUUCUGUUGACGCAUAAUACCCGGAAAUCUAUAGUCUGCUGUUCCUCUAAAACCAAAUGUCUACUACAGGAAUUGUGAUGUUAAAUAAAAGUUGAAGGUGCAUCAGAUUUGUUAA